GAAGGUAAUGUAAGUUUACAAUGUUGAGACAAGCUUAGUGAAUUGUUUCGAGAAAAAUUAAAACUAUCUCAGUUAGUUUUGCUUUCUAUUCUUUAUGUCUGCCUCGAUUUUCUUGUGUGUUACGUGUUUUGUUAAUAAGUAAAAAAAGUGAAAAUGAUUGGUAUUUAUAAUUAUAUUACACGUGUUUUGAUUUGUUUAUUUUUAUUUUACUUUAAUCCAAACUGCAGAGUCUUGUGCGAUGGAGCCAAAGAGUUUAAAAAAAGUACCAUAAAAUUUUGUGACGUGCCCACCCUAUUACCACACACAAAUAUCACAUACCAAUGUACCAAAUACAUCAAGAAUGAAUCAAAAUCAUGUGUUUUUAAUGGAACAGUUUUCGAAUCGACGGCGAUUAAAAUCUCGUGCGAUGAUGGUUAUUCUACAGAUGCAAUGGUAUCAUUUUGCAAUGGCAAUGAAUGGAUUCCACCUAUAAAAGGAUGCAUUAAACAGUGUAAAAAACUGGACCCUGUAAACAUUCACUUGGAAUGCCUUCGUGAAAAUGUUUCCAUCCCUUGUGAUGAAAAAUAUCUAGUUUCUGGAGUGACAGUGCGUCCAACAUGCGAACAUCUUAACUCAUCAGGAUUUCAGUUAUACCCUGGUCAUCAAGAAAUACACUGUCAAGAAGAUGGAAAGUGGGAUAAUGAUUUGCUUUCUUGUGUUCAUGAUUGUGGUCGAUUACGAAAAACCUUGAGCGAUUCAGAAACUCCGAACAUGCCGUGGAAUGUCAUCAUUUACCAACAUGAGGGAAAAGCUGUAUGCUUUGGCACUAUCAUAAGUCCCAGAGUAAUUAUAACUACUGCAUAUUGCGUGUCCAACAUCAUUUAUGGUUAUAAAGAUUAUAAAUCUCUGAGCCGUCCCUUGGAUCACACAGUUUUCAAUGUAGGACUUUUCAGAGAUUCAGCCCCACAUUCUGAAAAAAAUUCAUCACGGUGGUUCCGUCUGAAUUAUUUAGCAUACAAACUAGGCCUUCUUAAUAAACAGCAACGUUUUACAUCCUUAAAGAUUAAAGAAUUUCGUUAUUUCAAGCAUGGAAAUCAAGACAAAUCCAUUUUUCAUGACGUAUUAAUUGUAAUCAUGGAAAAAGAAAUCAAUUUCAACUCGCAUGUUUUCCCAGCAUGUGUUCAGUGGGAACACCCCAACAGACUAAAUAUUACUACUGGACAGGGCUUAAAACCAUUUGGAUUUUAUUGGUUGUUGUGGUAGGUGGUUUUUAAAGGACUCAAAAAUAAAUGGUUUUUGGUUAUGGUUUCUGAAUUGGUUUUCCAAUCACAAACCAUAACGGUUCCAAUUGGUUUUAAGGUUUAGGUUUGAAAGUUUUUCUGGUUCUGGUUUUGAAAUGGUUUCAAUUUUUUUUAAUAAGGUGUGGAUGUGGUUUUGGUUCUGUAAUAAUAGUUUUUUUUGCAGUAGUGGUGGUUUUUCACAUCAAAAACCAUUUCAAAUUUUCAAAUGGUUUUGGUGGUUGUGGUGGUUUUGAUAUCAAAAACAAUUUUGAUUUUCAAAUAAAUUUGUACAAAACCUAAUUCAGGACUACUAAAAGUAUGAUUUGAGACAAAAAACCAGAAAAUUUCCAUCACAGGUCUGGAAAAAUUGAAAAAAAAUUGCAAAAACCAAAAAGAACCAUUUCAUGAAUUGGUUGUAAUUGGUUAUGGUUACAUUUGAAAAUUGAAAUGGUUGUUGUGGUUGUGGUUUUCUCUAAAGAACACAAUUUUUUGGUGGUUUUGGUUGUUUCAAUUCAAAUUUUUUUCCCAAAUGGUUGUUUUUAAAUGAAUUGGUUUUCAUUUUUUUCAAAUAUAUUGGUUUUUUGUU